AGUUUGGAUUCUUGGGGAUAUGGCACUGAAGAUGAAAUUGAUGAGAUGUAUUAUGAACAUUCGAUGCGAACAGUUUUGAGGUUACGCAGUGCAGCAGAUAUGAGUUAUGUAGAUGAAAAAGAUCUCAGUAGAAUUGGCAUGAGCAGACCUGAACAAAAACGCUUAAGAGCGGCCUACUAUCGCAAAUUUUCAAAGCCAUCUGUGUUUGGGAAAAUUCGGAAUGUUAAAAAGAAAAAACAUGGUUCUAAUGGCUAUCAAGAGCAACAUGUGAUACCUUUAGAAAAUCUUACUCUGUCACGACAGUUAGGUAAAGGUGAAUUUGGUUCCGUUUAUCAGGCUGCGUGGAGUAAUUCAAAUAGCAAUGAGCAAAUACAAGUUGCUGUGAAGUGUAUUUUACCGGAAAAGUUUUUUGCGAAUCCACUUAACUUUUUGCAAGAAGCAGCAGUUAUGCACAAAAUGUGUCAUGAAUGUGUAGUCAGACUCUAUGGAGUAGUAUUAGAUACUAAAGCUGUUAUGCUGGUAUCCGAGCUAGCUCCAUGCGGAUCUUUGCUAGAAUGUCUCCAAAAUCGUUCACUUCGACCUACAUUUUUCAUUGAUACAUUGUGUGAAUUUUCUCAACAAAUUGCUCAGGGAAUGGAAUAUUUGUCAAGUGAAAGACUUAUUCAUCGUGAUCUCGCAGCGCGAAAUGUUCUUGUUUUUACAGCUAAGAGGGUGAAAAUAUCGGAUUUUGGUUUGAGUCGUUCGUUGGGUAUGGGGGAAGAUUAUUACAGAAGUGAGUUUUCGGAAGUUGUGAGGUUACCGAUUGCAUGGUGCGCACCUGAAGUAAUUAAUUUUCUGAAAUUCACUUCUGCAAGUGACGUUUGGUCAUAUGGUGUAACGUUGUUUGAAAUAUUUUCGUUCGGUCAAAUGCCUUGGGCUGGUCUUAGUGGCAUGCAGAUAUUGGCAGCGAUAGAUUAUCCUAAUUCACGAAGACUAGAAUGUCCAGAUGCAUGUCCGGUGGAAUUAUACAGCUUAAUGAUGCAGUGUUGGGCUCAUAAACCGGAAGAGCGUCCUUCAUUUACAGACAUUUUGCGACAUCUUCCAGAAAUUGUGCCUCAAUCUUUAGUCACGGUGAUGGCUUGUCGUGAUGGAGUCAUAGAUCAUCUCCAAUAUUCAAGAAAUGAAACAGUUAUUGUCCUUGACAAGUGCCCUUCAGCUUAUCCAGAUGGGUACUUUUGGCGCGGUUGCAUGCGAAAUGGUCAAACAGGCUUAUUUAGGCCAGAAGAAACGGUUGCUAAACUUGCCAUCGAGUUGCCAAACAAUAAACGAGAUCAGUGCUCUUCAUCAGUUUCUUUACUAACUAAUUCACAACCAUUUUCUUCUGGAAAGGAGAAAUUACAAAGUAGCAGUAGUAGAAAAAAAUUACUAAUAAGUGAACCUCAGGGUGAUUUUCGCCAUACUUGCCAUGUUGGCUCUGAUGGAACAGCUUUCGGGCUGCUGGAGGUAAUUUAUUAA